AUGUCAAAGAAAAGAUCCAGUCUGCUUGUAUUAACCCUAAAUUUGUCGCAUGUGAGAGAUCUUGCAAGCAAUCCAGAACUUGCAAAUGAGAAUUGUGUCUAUAUGCUUUUUUGUCUAUUAAAAAAUGAUGCUAAUAAAGAUACAACAAUUGAAAGUAACAUCAUUAAACGAUUCAACAAACUUACUUUACGCAAUAAAGAUGUUCUUGAUGGAUCUUGGAUGGAUCGAAUAGUGUGGGACCCGAAUCAAUCUGUUACAAAGCCGAAAUUACUUCUUGAUCUUCAAGAUGAACAGAUGCUUUUUGAAAUAUUGGAUAACAAACAUGGAGAUGAUCUUCAGCUUCAUGCUGGAGCCAUGAUCACAACUCGGUCAGCUGAGUCAGCACCAGAUUCAUUGGAGCUAUUACAUGGUUAUGGAUGGGGGAGAUUUAAUAUAGCUAACGAAAAAUUCUAUUCCAACAGGAAAUCUUCCCAACAGUUGAAAUCACAUUCCAAGAAAUGCACAUCACAUGGUGUUAAAUUCUUGCAUUCCAUACCUGCUCUCAAGCUACAGACAAUGAAAGCCAAACUUAGCAAUAAAGAUAUAGCCUAUUUUCAUAGGCCAAAAGCUUUAUGGUAUCCUCAUGAAAAUUUGGUGGCACUUAAAGAACAAGGAAAGCUGCUUACAAAAGGGUCAAUGGAAAUUGUAUUGAAAAGCUUGGGAGGGAAAGGGAGCAAGCUUCAUGUAGAUGCUGAGGAGACUGUUUUAUCUCUCAAAGGAAAAGCUAUUUUCGAUAUAUUAACAGUUUGUUUUUAUAUUUAUGUAAUCAAUCACCAAAGGGGUUCAUUUGCAGGGGAUCUUGAGAACCUUCUAGAUGCUGAAGAAUGUGAUGAAGAUGAAGAGGAUAAUAAUAAUUAUGAUUCUAAUAACUUGGUGGCUGGUGUUAAAGGCCUUAAAAUGAGACGCAUGCCUUCACAAGCUCAAGCUGAUGUGGAAAAUAAAGAUGAAGCUGCUGAGUUAUGCAGAAUGCUCAUGGAUGGUAUCAGCUAA